CGGCGCUGUGGAGGCGGCGGCCAUCUUGGCGGCGGAGCGAUGAACGGGUCGAACCCGAAGGCUGCGGCCGCGGGGUCGGCGGCGGGGCCCGGGGGGCUGGUGGCUGGCAAGGAGGAGAAGAAGAAGGCGGGCGGCGGCGUCCUGAACAGGCUCAAGGCGCGGCGGCAGGCGCCCCACCACGCGGCCGACGACGGCAUCGGGACAGCGGUCACGGAGCAGGAGCUGCUGGCGCUGGACACCAUCCGGCCCGAGCACGUCCUGCGCCUCGGCCGGGUCACCGAGAAUUAUUUAUGUAAACCCGAGGACAACAUCUACAGUAUUGACUUCACCCGCUUCAAGAUUCGGGAUUUGGAGACAGGGACGGUGCUUUUUGAGAUUGCCAAGCCUUGCGUUUCAGACCAGGAGGAGGACGAGGAGGCAGAAGGUGGAGACGUGGACAUCAGCGCAGGACGCUUUGUCCGUUAUCAGUUCACACCAGCGUUUCUCCGCCUCCGGACAGUGGGGGCUACGGUGGAGUUCACGGUGGGAGACAAACCUGUGUCCAACUUCCGGAUGAUCGAACGGCACUAUUUCCGUGAGCGCUUGCUGAAAAACUUUGACUUUGACUUCGGCUUCUGCAUUCCCAGCAGCAGGAACACUUGUGAACAUAUCUAUGAGUUUCCCCAGCUCUCUGAGGACGUCAUUCGUCUGAUGAUUGAAAAUCCGUAUGAGACCCGCUCUGACAGCUUCUACUUUGUGGACAACAAGCUGGUAAUGCACAACAAGGCUGACUAUGCCUAUAACGGAGGCCAGUAAGCGCGGCAGGAGUGGACAGGGAGGCGCUCGGCUGCGGCCACGAGGUCCUGGCCCACGGGCUCGAUGCUGCUGUCUGUCACCACACGUCUGGAACCCGGCCCCAGGUAGCCAGAGCUGGGGUGGCAGUUUCCUGUGCUCCAAGGGAGGUGCCAAGCAGUGCUGUUUCUUCCCCAGUACUUUUUCUCCCCAGCGCCCCUCCCCUUAGGUCCCAGAGGAACUAGAGUAAAGUAAAAGAUUAGGGUAAGGUGCCUGGAACCCAGAUUAAAAAAGAAGUUUAUUUUCAUGUAGUUCUAGCUGUCUGUUGGUUGUUCUGACAACUUGGUCUCUCCAGGCAUCGCUCUGCCAGGCCGAGAGGUUUCUGGGUGCCGGGGAAGCUGAAAGGUGGGUCUGCCUCUGCCAGGGACUCCUCCUCUCACUGCCAGUGUUGCCGUCGGCACAGCUGCCCUCAGCUUGUGCCUAGUCUAAAACCAGCCGGAAGAAUCUCGAAGCGGGAGGGAGGAGGACCUGGGGCUCUGCGGGGCUGCCCACGCGGAAGGCUGGCUUCUCUAGGCCUUCAGGGGUCCUUGGCAGGAUCCUGGGCAUAGACCAAGGCUUCGCCUGACAGUGCCUUCCUGGCCUCACUGUGGAGGCCAAGUGCGCUCACUCUGCUGCUCCUGGCUCCUAACUUCUGAGUAUCUGAAACAGAAAGUGUCCGAUCUCUUGAGGCCAGAGUGGGCCUCGUUGUACUUUGGUUUUUUUAUUUCCAGACUUCUUUUGGGGAGGCUUGAUGAAAUGUCAGUGGUCUUCCUGGCAUGUGUGGUGUGUGGUUAGAACUUCUGACGGUCCUGCUCGGGCCCCCAGGCCUGGCCUGGCGUGUGUGGGGAGACAGAGCUGUGUUGCAGCGGGGAUUUGAUUUCUCCACCUAGCGUGGCCGGGGGCGUUGGCUUUGCCUCUGAAACUCUCUGGAUUGAUUUCUUAGAGUGUUUCUGUCUGCCUUUCCUAUUGCUAUUGGAGCUGUUCUGGUUGUCUGGAAAGGGUGACGGAGGCUCAGGAAAACUUCCACGCACGUCCUGUGGGUGCCUGUACCCGGGGCCCUCAGUGGACAGGCUGCUGCCACCUCGGUGCCCUAGCUUGUCUGUGUGGGUGGCUGCAGGCGCUCAGCCCAGACCAUGGCCUUCUGAGAAGGGUGUCCUGUGGUCAGGGCCUGUUUAGUGUAGGUAGAAAAGUGUCUGUAGCAAGGGCCCAAGUGUGGGCUAAGUCACAGUGCCUGAGACAGGAGAGCUGUGUCCCACGGUACUUGGGGGGAAAAGGGCAUAUGGGACCAAGGGAAGGAGGGCCAGCCUUUGCCCCCCGGAUCCCCUGGGCCUCCACUGACCAUUGUUGCUCCCUGUUUGGAUUCCAGAGUGUAAGUGGCCUUGAACCUUUGCCCAGUCCUCUGAGCCAAGUCAGAGUCUUGGCGAUGCCAUGUGCUGGCGGCGUUCUCACUGAGAAAGCCCUAGGUUACCGCUGUGUGCUGGCCCUGGACGCCCCGCUGCAGAAUGGGGCCUCAUCACCAGACAUGACUCUCAGAACUGGAGCCGACCACAAAUCCAGGUGCCUUAAGUGUGGCUCUGUCCCUUAGGCUGCAGGGACGAGCUGCGCGGCCAUCGUCCCUCCUCACCGUGGACAGUCAUCGGCACUGUCCCCUGACCUUCUGCUUCUCGUUGCUCCUCGUGGGACGAGCUGCAGGAUGAUCCAUCCCUUCUCUCUGUGACAGGGGCCCAGUCGGGAGUUUGUGCUCUGUGACAUUUAAUUAAGCGUGGUUUCUGGAACUCCUAGAGUGUGACGCCGUUGAGCGUGUCUUGGAAAUGGCCAGAGCAGGCUGCAUCUUGCGCACUGGUGGGCUGCCCAUGUCUGCAGUGGCAGCCUGUGCUAGGAUGAGCACCCUGAGGAGGGAGGAAGGGCCCUGUGGCCUGAGUAGUGCUGGGUCUCCUUUGCUGGUAGCUUGCCUGGGGCUCCCUGGGGACCACUUUGAGGCCCAGCGCUCAACCUGUGCCCCGCAGGCCAGGAAUUUGCCCAGUCUGCUCCUGUUGUGCCUGUGGGGCUGUGUGUUCCUGGGUCUGGCUGCUCAGGAAAUCUGGAGCCGCGUCACCACUGGGACUGUUCACUGGAAUGAGUUUGAAGCGCAAGCUUGAGGUGACAGCUGGCAGUCAGACCCUCUCUGACAGUAAGGGAGCCAGUCACAAGUUCCCUCGGGAGGCCAGGUUGUUAAGGAAUUUGGCCAUUGACAGUAAGUUUCUUGUGGGUGGUGCAGAGGAGGGAAAAAGCAAAGGCUAGCUGCCUGGGGAGACCAUGUCUUCUGUUAGAGCUGGCGUCGCAGGGGCAGCUCCUGGAGGACCACGUCCCAGCAGGGCAGCAGGCCCACUGGGUGCCACAGGGCCCACUGCCUGCAGCCCCUCCUUCUGGCCUUGUUCCAGCCCCUCUGCCUCGGGAUCUCCCAGAGGGGACCUCUCUUUUCCUGAACAGACUUGGGCUAAGGUGCCCUUCUAGCUUCUCCAAAGACAACCCUGGCUUAUUUCAUUCCAUGUGCUGUCGUGCAGGUGUAGGGAAUGACCGCUGGAGUCAAGGAGGCUAUGGCUGGUGUCAUUUUCAUGGUGGUGGCUCCACACUGCCUCCUGGUGGAGAAAGCAUUUUCAGGGGCCGUUCUUCCUGCAGACGCCCCAGUCGGGCCAUCUGACUUCAGCGCACAGGGACAGUGCUGGGGAUGUUUGAGGCUAACCCCUCACCGGCAGUGACUGGGCGAUCUUCAACUUGCUCUUCAGUUGAAAUGGGACUUGUUUCUGGAGUGGAAUUAGUAGGCUGUGUCUCAUGCCAAAUCAGGUGAGCCCUGCCUUAGCGUGUCCUGCCAUGCCCGGGAGGCUCCCGGCGUCCCUUCUCUGUGAAGUCACCUUCUGGUGGCCAGCGUCACCACACAUCAGUGAGGGAGUCUGCUCUGUCUGCUCUGUAAACCCUCGGCAGAGCCCGGGGAGCCCUGUCAUGGAGCGCGCCGCUGUGCCUGCGUGGGAGCCCAGUUGCUGAACCUCGCGUCACUCACAUUCCACGUCACCCAGCAUCUCAGCCACAGGAGGAUGGGGGGGGUGUGUGCUCCCUUGUUUUACAAAAGAUCAUGUAGAGUCAUUGAAGUUGUGCGAAUCUAUAUUUUUCCCUGCGAGUCUAUUUUUCACAGAAUAGAAGAAGCCUCAGUGACCUGAUCUGUCCUCCUCUGGCCCACUGCCCCCAGGUCCUCCUUCCAGUCUGUGUUGUCUGUGUCGACCGUUGGCUGCUGACUUAUUUGUAUGAAAUGUUAUUUUGCCACAAGAGACACUAAUAAAAGAAAGAUUUUCUCA